AUGGCAAAGAUGAGACAAGUUUUAAAUAUUUACAAUAGCCGUAAACAAAAAGGUUUGGGAAACCACUCCCCCGAAGAAAUGAAAAACAACCCUGACUUAGAGAAAGACUAUAUAUUUAAUAGUUUAGUCAAAAGAGACAAACAAGAAAGAAUGCCAGGCUUCAAACUUAAGAAAGGUGACAAAGUAAAAAUAGAAAUACCUAAACGCGACCCAUAUGAAAAUACUAUUGACUAUGACAACAAUGGGAACUCGACAGGUACUCACAUUCGUGUUCGUAAAAAUAGAAGAAAGUAUACAAGAGAAUAUUAUGAAGUUUUAGGCAAACAUGGCAAAAUGUACAGACUGCAAGCAGAAGAUAAAACUACUAUUGUCAGACCUCGUUUCAAACUUGUCAAAGUUCAAGGUGGUAUACUUUCAAAGACAGUUCCUAACAAAUAUAAGACAACUCCUGACGAAUAUGCUAAAGAAGUUGAAAAUGACGACUAA